UUAAUGAAGAGUAGUGUGGUCGAGUUUGCGGUAGUUGCUCACGGAGUUGGCACGCAACCACUGAUUUGUGAUAUGUGACAAAUAGGUGAAUCUAAUUUGGCCACUUAAAUACUUUCAACAAUUAACAUUGAAAAUGUUCAAUAGGAUUUCUACAAAUUCGUUAGUGUUCGUGUUGUGAAGAAAGGUGUUGUUAAAAUAAUUAUUACAUUUUGAAUGUGUUUUUAAAUAAGUCGCCGAAAUUGAGGACAAAAUAACCAGCGAAAAUAGAAUGGCUGCGUCGCACAUCCUGAGCGCGGUGGAGCCGACCGUUGGAGGCGGGGGCUCGCGCAGCGGCCGCGAGCGUGAAGUCACCGUCGCUUUGGACGACCGAGAGCUGUGGGUGCGCUUUCAGACCCUCACCAACGAGAUGAUCGUCACAAAAAAUGGAAGGCGUAUGUUUCCAGUCGUAAAAGUAACUGCUAGUGGAUUAGAUCCAACUGCAAUGUACACUGUCCUACUCGAAUUCGUUCAAGUCGAUUCGCAUCGAUGGAAAUAUGUUAAUGGUGAAUGGGUACCUGGCGGCAAAGCAGAAGUGCCACCUUCCAAUGCUAUCUACAUACACCCAGAAAGUCCAAAUUUCGGCGCUCAUUGGAUGAAAGAACCAAUAUCUUUCGCUAAAGUUAAACUUACUAAUAAAACUAAUGGAAAUGGUCAAAUAAUGCUAAAUAGUUUGCAUAAAUAUGAGCCUCGGGUGCACCUAGUGAAAGUGGGUACGGAUCUGCGUCGUAUAAUGACGUAUCCGUUCCCGGAGACGCAGUUUAUCGCAGUCACUGCCUAUCAAAACGAAGAGGUGACGUCAUUGAAGAUCAAAUACAACCCAUUCGCAAAAGCGUUUCUCGACGCGAAGGAGAGGCCCGAAGGCUACUACCAGCGGGAUUUUGUCGGGACUCAUUAUCCUCAACAAAGUUCUUCGCCGCACCAGUAUCCACAGUUCGGAGGAUGGUUUGUGACAUCUCAGUCUUUCUACGGUGGCAGUAACACAGCGUCUCGAAGGCCAGCGCCCUACCCGCCGCGGCCGCCAUCACGUCCGCGCACUCUUUCACCGCCUUCUACAUACAGCAACACGGAACGCACCACAACAGCGCCGAAUGGCAGCGGCAGUUACACAUGGCCAAGUAGUAGUGGAUAUUGGAGUUCAGCGCAAGGCAGCAGUUCUCCCCAGCCGAACACUUCUCCCGCGCCAUACCGCACCCCUCCGCACGCGUACCCAGCUCCCUUAGAAUACUCGCCUGCGCCCCCCAGCAGCACCUCAGCCCCGACGUCGGCUCCGGCGCCGCUCUACCCCCUUCAGUAUGAAACGUCGACGCAACACCAUUCGCCAUACUACCAACAUGCAUAUGCUCCCUAUGCUCAUCAUGCUAUUGAGGACAUCUCUUACUGGCCGAAUAGUUUAAACAGCUAUGGAUACCAACCAUCGGAAUACGUCGGUACGGGUGAUGUUGCAUACGGAACAGAAGGCAUGCCGUUUGGACCGGCGGGGCCGGCACUCGAGGCCACCGGCACUAGUGGAGAGAGUCGGGCCACACCACCGGGCCAAGAACAUCCUUCAACCGAAAGGGAAUACAAAUUCAGCACCGAAGAAGAUCGCCACUCACCUUGUGAAGAAGCCGCGUUGCCACCACGGUCGCCUACACAGUGACGAUGUUGUUAAAUAGUCCUAAUAUCAGUGAAAGCAAACAUUGGUUACUAAAACCAAUAUAGCUACAUAAAUUCAUGGCCUGUAAAUAUCACGAUCAGUCACAAUGUGAGAAGACAAUUAAAUAUUAAUUUCCUAAAUAAAUGUAUCGUUAACCAAUUUAACAAACGGUAUGGUAAACGUAAAUAAAUUAUGAUUUUUUAGGAUUUUUAUCAAAUUAUUGUACUCACUUGUUUUAAUGUUAUGAAAGGCUAGUUGAAGAGGUUGAAGCACUUUAGAGGAUUUUUAGUUUCAAUCGACCCUUAAGCCUCGGUAGGUAAUGGUAACAAUGAAAUAUUUAAAAUACAUAAAGUAAAGUACGCUUUUAUUUUUAUGUAAGUAAUAUUUUUAAAAUAUAGCUUCAAAAAUAAACCGAAAAAAGAAAAAUCAAAAUAUUGGAUUAUUAUUGUAAAGAUACACGACGCAUAUUGUUUUUAAUAUUCAAGUUCGUUGUACUUAUUCCUUUUUAGAUGCACAGUAGACUAAGUUUAUACUUAUUGCCUUGUAGGUACUAGGUACACAUUAAUAAUAAAAUCAUGU